UGAAACAGUUUAAGACAAAGGGACAUUAUUCACACCAAGAAGAGCAUUCACUAGAUUUACUAUAAUGCAACUUUUUGGUAUAAUAUUCCUAUAGGACGAUGAUAGGUUUUGUCCAGUUCAUUCUAACCUUCAUUGAUACUAUCCAUCUGCUUGGCUAUAUUUUUGGAACUUUGACUAUGUUUAAACCUCUCUCUGGGAUAUUUAUUGACUUGUUCUGUUACAGAAAUAAAAUAUUCAAAUAUCUCCUCAUGAUUUUCUAAGUUCUUGUGGUUUUUUAAAUUGUAUCUUUCAUUUUCGCAAUUACAAAAUUUGUGCUCACCGCUAAGAGGCCACGAACCAGGGAGUCCAUCAGUGGAGAAUACAAAGGCCCUCAAUCUUUGAUACUCUGAGAUAUAUGAACGAUACAUUUUCAGUGAGAAACAACUUCGACCUCGACUAUUGGACUCAUUAUUCAUUUUCUAAGUCCCACUACCAAACAAGUAAGAAUCUUUUUACUCUCUUUCGAAACCAACCCUUCAACCUGAGUCGCCUUUUUCAGUGAUUAUUCGUAAGGUGAAAGAUAAAAAGAAUGAGAAGAAGGAGUGGAUAGAAAGCUCAUGUUCAUGGAUUGGAAAGAUGCCUCAAGUUUAGACUUAGUACUCUCGAUAUCCAUCUUACUCAUGAUAGACUUCUUUCUUUUGAAGAACCUAUUUUUGAUAUCUGAGAGUCCUUCUUCCUCUUCUCUCUUUGAGUUUUCUCAGCUCUGGUUAUUUUGAUAUUCUUGCUCAAUUAAGACUUUUCUUGCUCAUUGUCAGCUUGGGAUAAUCUAAUUUUCAUUUCAGCUUUUAACUCAGCAAUCAGUUCAAACUUUUUGGUUGUCAAUUCUUCAAUGAAUUUGUUUGUGGCUUCUUCUUUCUCUACUUGGAUAAUUUCAAAAACCUUUUCACACUCUUUCCAAAUUUCUUUAAGAUUCUCUUCGAGAAGUUCAUCUCCACUCUCUUCUUCUUCAUUUUUUUCGCUAAGGGAUGUCUCGAUUCUGAGAUUGUCAUGAGGUGGAGCAUUAGGUGUCUUGUUUGUGAUAUUCAGAGUUGAAGUUGUUGUAUCAGGCAGUUUAUUGAGGAGCUCCAAUCUAAAGCUUUCAUCAUCCUCAACAUCACUUGCUUCAUUUUUAAUAAUACUAAAAUUUGGAUAAUUGUACUACUAUCUUUCUCGAAUCUAUUUCCGAGGUUCUUUGAUUCAAACUUGAAGAAGGACCGAUAAUUAGCAUUUUUAUAGCUAUUGAUGAAUUCAUUCUUCCUUCUUCUCUCUGCUAAUAUUUGAUGAAAGCCAGUACUUUGUUUGAUUAAGUCUUUGGCUACAUGGCUCACACUGGUGUCUUCAGCUUUGUUUCUUUCUUCAACAAUCUUUUCAAGUGUUUUCUUUUUCUCUUUCUUCUGAGCCUCUUCUCUUACUAUCAUUUCAUGAUCUAGUUCUUUCUUCUUCCGAUUGUAUUCUUGAGUCUUUUUGAUGAAUCUUUAUUUUGGUUCAUUUUCUUUUCUUACUCUCUGUUAGAAAUAAUUUCCUGGUUUUUUUAAGGAUUUCAUAUAGCUCUUUUGAAGAAAGCAUCAAUCUUUCCAGUACUUUCAGCUUCAUGAGAGUAGUUUGUAUUCUAUCGGCAUAAUAACUUGCAAUCUAAAUGUUGAUACAAUUAUAAUACUUUACAAUUUGAGAAUAAAUAAGCAUCAGCUAGUUUAAAUCUUCCUUGAAAAACUCUCCUUUAUCGAUCCAUUACACAAUCUCAAGUACUUCUCCAGUGAAAAUAUCAGGUAGUGUUACCUUCUGCUCAAGUCAUUUCUUUCUGUAUUCAAGUGGAGAGGUGUUCUUUAUGUUCACAAAAUAUAUCACAGCUCUCUUAUCUCCAUUCAUUUUAGACAAAAUGGAUUUCGCCUUAAGAAUUAUAAAAUUUGAUGAUUAAUGUU